GAGCGGCAGACCGGGCGCUAGCCAAUGGCGUGCGAGACCCGCUGAGAGUAAUGUUGAGAGAGCUAAAGACUGAAGACACUGCGUAUCGCCUGUGCUCUCUCAUACACAGCCAUUGCAGUGCAUUGAGAUCCAGCUCAGUCUAUUGAUAUUGACGCCAAGAUGGGGAAGGACCCGACAAAGCCAAGGGGGAAAAUGUCCUCCUAUGCGUAUUUUGUCCAGACCUGCCGGGAGGAGCACAAGAAGAAACACCCUGAUGCUUCUGUGAACUUUGCUGAGUUCUCCAAGAAGUGCUCUGAGCGAUGGAAGACGAUGUCCGCCAAGGAAAAGGGCAAGUUUGAGGAUCUGGCUAGGCAGGACAAGGCGCGUUACGAGAGGGAGAUGAUGAGCUACGUUCCAGCACGGGGAGGCAAGAAGAAAAAGUUCAAGGACCCCAAUGCCCCCAAGAGACCCCCAUCCGCUUUCUUCAUCUUCUGCUCAGAGUUCCGCCCCAAGGUGAAAGGCGAGAGCCCUGGUCUGUCCAUCGGAGACGUUGCCAAGAAGCUGGGCGAGAUGUGGAACAGCACCGCCGCGCCCGACAAGCUGCCCUACGAGAAGAAGGCGUCUAUACUCAAGGAGAAGUAUGAGAAGGCCGUCGCAGCUUACCGCAAUAAGGGCAAACCCGGUGCCGGCGCGCCGGCGAAGGCCCCCGCCCCUGAGAAAAAGGAUGAUGACGACGACGAUGACGAAGAAGAUGAAGAAGAAGAGGAAGACGAUGAAGAUGAUGAUGAGUAGUUGGCGAGUGAUGUAGUGGUUAUUUUUCUUGUUUAUAAAGCAUUUAACCCCCUUGUACACACUUCACUUACUGAAAGAAAAUACGUUAGUAUCCAAGGGGUAAAAAAAACAAAA